AUGAGUUCCAAAAGAAGAGUAGGAAUAGCCCAUUUUCUCCUUAGAACCUUUGAAAUGCUGGAUGUACAAAAAUAUAAUUAUAGAAUUUCCACAGACACCAAAGCUUAAACAUCUGAUAGAGUGGUCUCCUUGUGGAGAGAUGUUCUAUAUUAAAAACUCUAGAGAAUUUGCUAACAAAGUAAAGUCAAGAUUCAAAUUUAUUUUUUAGGUGCUUCCAUAAUAUUUCAGACAUCGAAACUUUUAAUCUUUCUUAAGAUAAUUAAAUAUGUAUAACUUUGUUAAGAAACGGUUGAAGAAUGGUUGGAAUCAAUUUUAACACAAGUAUUUCAAAAGGGAAGCCAAGUAUAUUAUUUAAGAUUAUUAUCAAUCUUUUUAGAAAUUUACUUAUACAUGUUCACCGUCGAAGUAAUGGUUAAUAAUCUGACGAAGAAGAACAAGCAGGUAUUUUUGUAUUACUAUUUUAUAGACUAAUAAGACUCAAUAAAAAAACAAUAAGAAUAAUUGCAAUAAAUCAAAUAUCUCUAAAAUGAUAUUGUUCUUACAUCAAGUUUCCUAUUUCAAUAAUCAGUAAUUCUGUAAGGCAACUUCUAACAUCUCAAGAAUGUAUUAACAUAAUGUUUAAAUUAGAAAUUAUUGUAUCAGUAUAUAGAGGAACAGAAAUAAGAAAAGUUUCUCUUUAAUACAUUCUCUCUACUUAAUAAAUCACAAACGAAUUCUCCAAAGUUAACUUAAACCAUAUUAACUUAAAAUCGUAAAGAAACAGAAUAGGAACCAUAAUUAUUUGUACUCUCUUGAA